AUGUUUCCGCUGUCACCGGCACACGAUGCCACCCUCAACCGCUCACCUAGCCCUCGUCGCUACGAAGGCGACUACGAGGUCCGGAAAUAUACAGUGACAUCCACGAGCGAGGACCACAUCUACACAAAGACGUCUGUCAAUGAAGACGGAGACACCAUGUCCUCGCCGCUCGUCAGCAACACCAGCGCCGUGACGGCCGCCACUACCCACAGCCAGCAAGAAAACGGCAGCUCGCGGCCCGCCAGCGUCAUGAAUGGACCGAGCCUGUCGCCGGUUAAAGACCGCCGCCACAGCCGCGUCAUCUCGGGCACAGAGCUUUCGCCCCUCAAGAUUCUCAACCGCAAGCGCAGCAGUGAGGAGGCGUCCCAAAUAGACGGCAGCAACAUGGGGCCGCCCCCGACGCGGACUGCUAGAAAGAUUUCGUCGCCGGAGAAGCGGUUCCCCGUCAAGAUUGGCGGCGGCGGAGUGGAUGAGGUGCGAGACAGGCAGGCCAGCCUGGAUGAGACAAUGCGAACGAAUGGGCACCUGCAGCGUCCCAUUGACAUUUUUGAAGAUGACGAGGAGGAAGAGAACAAGGCGCCGUCACGGCCGCCGACGGCAAUGAGCAACCAGGAAGAUGGCGGCUUUAACCCAGACGACACCAUGGCCAGCACGUUUAGCACCUUUUCGGCCGUACCGACGCUCACUAGCUACGCCAACUGGCGGGCGCAGCAGAGCCCUGCCAAGCUGGCGGCGCUCGCCAACGUGUCGUCGUCGCGUCCGAGCACACGAGACGAGAGUAGCAACACGACUAAUCUUCUCAUGGACUUUACCGACUCGCUGCGGCACCCGCGCCGCUCCCCGGAAAAGAAGCCGCUGCCGUCGUCCAGCACGAUGCCCAAUCUCACUGCGGCCACGCCAAGCAGAGCCGGCGCCACGACAGCGCUCAUCGACUUUGACAUUCCCCCGCUGCCGACGCCGCGUAGCAUGCCGUCAAUCUCCUCGCGCGAGCUCGAGUCGCUGAAGUCUGGCUUCCUUUCUGAAAUCUCAUCCCUCAAGGCCUCUCUGAGUGGCAAAGAGGCCGAGGUGCAGUCCCUCAAAACGGCGGUCGGCGACGCGGAGAAGCGCGUGGGCGAGUCUCUGGAAAAGCUCCGCGAGGAGUCGGCCCAGCGCGAGCAGGCGGUGGCUGAAAAGGAAGACUGGGAGCGCCGCGGUCGGGAGAUGGAGACCGUGCUGCACAAGCUACGCGAUGAAAUUGUCCACGGGCAGCAGGAACGGGAGGAGGUGGAGCACAAGCUCGAAGAGAGCGAGAAGCGCCGCGAGGCUGCCGAGAUUAUGCACCAAGAAGCGGAAAGCAAGAUUGCCGGCCUGCGCGCUGGCAGAGAGACUGAGUCGGAUCCCAGCAAACCCUCGUCCCCGGGAGAGACGAGCAGAGAGGCAGAAUUGGCCGUCGAGCGCAUGUCGCGUGAGCUGCACGGACUGUACAAGAUCAAGCACCAGACCAAGGUGGCGGCACUGAAGCGAUCCUACGAGUCCCGCUGGGAGAAGAAAGUCAAGGAGCUCGAACGCCGCGUGCUCGACCUCUGCGAGGAGAAUGCGAGCCUGCAGGCUGGACACCCCAACCCAGACGACACGCUGCUCGUGGCCGCGCAGGCCAACGCCGAGGCGGACAAGGAGCAGGCGAGCCGCGACCGCGUGACGAUUCGCGAGCUCAACGCCACGGUGCAGCGCCUCGAAGCCGUCGUGUCCUCUGUGCAGGGCGACAACCAGCACCUGCACGGCCUGCUGGAGCAGGAGCGCGUCGAAAAGGGCGAGCUCGUCCAGCUGGCCGAGGAGAUGAUGUCGAUGCAGAGCAUUGUCGGCGGCAAGCAGGCGCCCUCGGCGGCAGCAGCGCUACCAUCCCCUUCACGCCCGAUGAUGCCGGAGCCGGGCCAUGCCGCUGGGGCCAAGACACCCGGCAAGAGGCCCCUGUCGCUCCAGACGACCACGCCCGGACGGCAAAUCAUCCCGGACGGGAGAAGGGGCAGUGUUGGCAAAGCGUCGGGACUGAGGGCCCCGGGAUCGGCGUAUCGUGGUGGUGCUACUGCUGCGGCGGCAGGAAGCGGGAUUGGAGGCGCGGCGGGGCUGAGAAUCCCGGGAUCGAGAAGUGGGAUUAUGAGCUCGAUUGAGAAGAUGGGCAGCCAUCGCGGCCGCGGUCAGUGA